CCAAAGCUCGCUUGCUCCCACGCGUCAAGCGUUUGAAAAGCCCGAAGCUUCUACUGAAGAUAUAAACCUCUUCUCCUAUUAACCGAACGAUGUUGCAAUCCACGUCGGCACAGUGACCGUUUGUCCAUUGCUUGAAAAAAAAGCCAUAGACCUGACUCGCAUAUAUUUAAACGACGGUAUCAGUAUUAUGAUGUGGCCCAAGGUUGGGAACGUGGUUUUCGAGUGGAAUCGCGCACGCCCGUAGAUGCUCGCGAGUUCUGACCCGUUCAUGAGCUAAAAACGGAAGGUGGGCAAAAUGGAUGGGCAGUUGGACGGGGGCUCUGGCGCGUACGCAGCUGCCGUCGCCUCCGCCCACGGCUGCGAUGCGUACCCCGGAGGUUCCUACCCGGGGGCGCACAAUGGUGGCGUCGCGGUGGUGGCAGCGGCAGCCGCAUCGGCAGCUCCCGGGGGCGCGGCAGCACUGGUGCCUGCGGAGCGGGAGGUGCGGGAGGCACAGCGGCGGCUCAGACGGGCCGAGACGCUACUCUCCAAGUUCCCGCGCUACCGAGCAAACGACUACGCGGUGGGGGAAUCCGACCUGCGGCGCUCGCUCAUCCUCAACACCACACCGCGGCAGUUCGCGGCUGAGGCGGCGUUCUCCUGGGCGCUGACGGUGGUGAUUGGCCUGCUCAACGGCGUGGCCGGCUUCCUGUUUAAUCAGGGCAUCUACAUGCUGAACAAAUGGAAGUUUGAGACCACGCUCAAGUUCAUCACGUCCGGCGGCGGCUUCGGCAUUCCCUAUUGCGUGUACAUGGCGUUUACAGUGCUGUACUCCGCCACCGCCGCCAUCCUGGGCAGCUACGUCAGCCCGCAGGCGGCCGGCAGCGGCAUCCCAGAGAUCCGGUGCUACCUCAACGGCAUCCACGUGCGCGGCCUGCUCACCAUCCGCACCUUCUUUGCAAAGGCCUUCGGGGUGCUCUUCAGCAUCGCGGCGGGGCUGGUGGUGGGCAAGGAGGGCCCCUUCACACACGUGGGCGCCAUCAUUGGCGGUGGCGUGGCGGGCCUGGGCUCCACCACCCUCACGCGAGCCACCGGCGGCCAUUGGCGGGCGGUGCUGCGCACACGCUUUGGGCGCUACUUCCGCUCGGCGGUCAGCCACCGCGACCAUGUGGCGGCGGGCGCGGCGGCAGGUGUAUCCUCCGCCUUCGGAGCACCCAUCGGUGGCAUCCUGUUCAGCGUUGAACAGGGCUCGUCCUUCUACAGCGCCAGUAUGCUGAGUCAUGCCUUCCUGGCCGCGGGUAUUGCCAUCUUUGUGAGCCUGCUGCUGUCGGCCGCGCUGUGGCACGGCCCCGACCUGUACCGCACCGCCUUCACGGCGCCGCAGCAGUUCGCGCUGCUCAACGAGGUGCCCACCAAGGGCCGCUUCUGGUACUACGCCUGGGAGCUGCCCAUCUUCGCGCUCAUGGGUGUGGCGGGCGGCCUGGCGGGCGCGGCCAUGGUGGCCGUCAACAACCGCAUCACCGCGCUGCGCAAGCGCUUCGUGCCGCCCGCCCGCCCCGCCCGCCGCGUGGCGGAGGUUGUGCUGCUGGCAGCGCUGACCGCCACCGCCUGGCUGCUGCCGUCGUACCUCUCCCCCUGCCUGCCCGUACCGCCGCGGCCGUACCUGUCGCAGCUCGGCCUGGUUGCCUCAUCAGGACCCGGCGGCCCCAACGCGACCAGCGGCACCGAUGCUGGCGAUGGCGGCGGGUUGGUGGAUGAGCAUUACGUGCAGGAGCAGGCGGCGGCGGGCGGCCCUGCGGGCGGCGCGGAAGCGCUGGCGCGCACGCCCACGGUGCUGUACGCGGGCUUGUAUCCGCAGCUGUGGUGCCCGGCCGGCAGCUACAGCUCCUACGGCAUGUUGUUCUUCCUGCCGCAGAUGACAGCCAUCAGCCUUCUGUUCCAAUUCGAGUUCCCUGACGGUACCAACUUCCUGUUCGCCCCCGGCGCGCUGGCGGCUCUCAGCAGCCUGGCGUGGCUGUUCAUGACCGCCACAUUCGGCGUGGGAGCCGUCACCGGGCUGUUCGUGCCCUCGCUGCUGGUCGGCGGCGCGGGCGGGCGCCUCGUGGGCCGUGCGGUGCGUGCCAUCGCCGCCCGCAUCGCGCCGCUGGCGGCCAGCGUAUCCCUCGGUGGCGCCGCCGGUGCCGCUGCCGCCACGGCGCCGGCGGUGUCCAUCUGCCUCAGCUCCUACGCGGUGGUGGGCGCGGGGGCGGUGCUGGGCGGCGUGAGCCGCAUGCUGCUUUGCAACACGGUGUUGGUGAUGGAGACGGCCGGCGCCACCGCACUGACGGUGCCGCUCAUCGUCACCACCUUUGUGGCCAAGAUGGUGGCGGACGCGCUGCAGCCGGGCAUCUUCGACGUGGCCAUUGCGCGCGCCGGCUACCCCUACCUGGAGGCGGAGCCGGCCGACCCCGUGGACAUCAAGCUGCAGCAGGCGCUGGCGGCCGGCGACGUCAUGAGCAGCCAGCUGGUGACGCUGCCGGCAGUGGUGCGCAUCGGCGACCUGGUGGAGUCGCUGAGGAGAUGGCCCCACUACUCCACCUUCCCUCUUACCGACGUGACUGCGCCGGCCGCUGCGCCCGCGGGCGCCCAGCAAGCCGCAAGUCCGGCCGCGGGCGCCACCGCGACGCCGCAACGGCCGCCGUCAGCCACGCCCUCGGCAAACCCCUCGCGAAAGCCCACGCCCACCUCGGGCAUCGCAUCCGAUGAUGACGCCGCGGCUGUGGCUCGGUCCUCGGCCGCGACCGCCGGGCGCAGCAGCGCAUCCCCGCUGCAGGCCCCGGGCCAGCUUCAGCACCCACAGGAGCACCCACCAGCGCACAAUUUCUUCAUGCCUGCCGCCGCGGCGCUCCCGCGCGUGCCCCUGAGCGCUGCCGUGGGCAGCCUGGGCGCGGCCGCCAGCCCCAGCGCACGCGGCGCGUCGCCGCCGCCAGCAGCCAAAGCUAGCCGCCUGCCUGACGGCGCGCAUGGGGCCGAAGGCUCGGCAGCUGGCGCCGCGGCCUCAGCGCAGCUGGAGAGGAGUGCGCUGCUAGUGGAGCACGGCGACAGCAGCGGGCUACCGCAGGGGACUGAUGGUGGAGGCGGCGGCCCCGCCGAGGGCACCAGCGCGGCUGGUGUGCCGGGCCCCGUUGCAGAGGGCGCCGAUAACGGUGGCGCCGUUAGGGGCACUGACGCACAGGCGCAGGCGCAGCACCCGCAGCAGGAGCCGCAGGUGCUGUUGGGGCACCUGACACUGCUGUCAGCGUUCGCGCAACCGCCUCCAUCGGAGGUCUCGGCAGCGCGCGCGGGACCCCAGCCGCCGAUUACCGCGGGCCCGAACCAACGCCCCCCGCUGCCCCCUGCACGCCCGCAUGCCCAACCUGCCGACAGUACCGGCACGCAGCACCCGCUGGCGCUCCAGACUUCGGCGCAGCAGCCGGCAGCGCCGCCGUCAAGCCGCAGGCACCUUGCGGGGCCUCCCGAAGGGCCUGCCGAUGCAGCCGCCACCGUCACCUCGCAGCGGCCGUUGUCACCGCCGCCAGCAGCCAACGGCUCGGCGACCGCGCUGCCUCAUGCCGCCGCUGCCGCCGCCGCUGUCGUCGGGACGACGCCGCCGGCCACGCCGCUGCCACGGGCAUCGGCUGCGGUGCCACAGCCGCCGCCGCCAGCGGCAGCGGCACCGCCCUCAAUCGUAGGCGUGAUCAGCCGCAGCGUCCUUCUGAAGCUGCUGGAGAUGAGGGCCGAUCUGGCGGCCGCGUCAUCAACGGCGCCACGCCUGGCCACCGCCUCCACGGCCUCCUCCACGUGCUCCGACCCUGCAGCCUGCCAGCCUGCACCCACACGCGGUUGGUGGGUGUGGCAGCGGCUGCUGCAGCCCUGGCGCGGCUACGCGCCGGCGGCCGUUGCGCCGGCCGCAGGCGGCGCGGCCGCCAUGCCGGGCGCAGCCGCUGGUGGCAAGGGCGCCGUAGCUGACAGCAACAAGGAGGGGCAGCGGCGUCAGGAGCCGACGGAGUGGCUGGGCGGCCGGCGCUCGGCCAUGAGUCGGCAGCGGGCGGUGCGGCUGCUGGAUGCGGUGGACAACUACCCAGCCAAGGCCCCCGCCGACCGGCCUGGGGAGGAGAAGCUGCUGAGCCGGCUGAGCCCGUCGGACCUGGAGGGCUGCCUUGACCUGCGGCACUACAUGCAGCGUGUGCCGUACGUGGUGCCUGCCACGGCCUCACUUGCCCGGACCUACCGCCUCUUCCGCGGCCUCGGCCUCCACCACAUCUUCGUCACUGCGCCCAACAUCCCCAUCAUUGGCCUCAUCACGCGCUCCGACCUGGCUCCCGCCAACGCCUACCGCGUGGCCUACCGCCUGGCCGAGCGCGAGCAGCAGCAGCUGCAGAGCCUACUGGCGGCACAGCAGCAGGCGCAGCCGGGGCGGCAGCGGCGGCGGGGUUACGAGGGCGAGGAGGAUGUGGGGGAUGGUGACGAGCUGCUUGAGGGCGACCAGGAGGGGGAGGACAGCAGCGAGGAUGAGGAGGACGCGGCGGCGGGGAUGGGGAUGGGGAGGCAGGGCCAUGGGGCCGUGAGUACGGACGGCAAGGGUGGCGGCGACGGCCCGGAGGGCGACGGCGCCGGCGACGCAGCUGCCAAACCCGCUGACGGCACGGACGGCGGCCAAAGUGCGCGCCGCACGAGCAAGCGGCUGAGGGCGGUUGAGGGCGGCCGUCCAUUGUACCCAUCGGCUACCGCCGGCGCGCGAGACAGCGCGCCGCUGCUUGGCGCCAGCGGCGCCGGCGGCCGGACCAGGGUGGGCAGGUCCGUUGGCAAUGCAGCAUCUUCCUUGGCGGGUGCACGGCUGGCCUCAUCCAGCCUGCCGCAAUUUAGGGCCGCCAACGCCACACGGCCGCCGCGGGAUAGCAACGAAUUAGGCGCCGCCUUGGGAGGCGGCGGCGGCUUUGAUGGGGGAAUCUCGGCCGCUGCCUCCGUCGCCUCCACCAGCAUGGGACUGCGGCGGCGGCACGCCGGCAGCAUUCGUUCGCGCGUGCCCAGUGGGCAGCGGCUGGGCGGUGUUGCCGGGGAUGCACCGGGUGGCCUGCCUGCGCCGCUGCAGUCGGGACAGCAGCUGCAGCAGUACCCAAGCGGCGCGUUGCAGGCGGGUUCGGCAGGGCUGCGCGGAGAAGGGGCGUACGACGAGAUCAGCGAUGGAAGUGCUUCACUGCUGCCGGCAGUGCACACGUCUGCGGCCGGCGCCGGCGGCAUGAUGCCCGACGGAGUGUACGACACGCCGCACGCCAACCUGGGAGGCGGCGGUGGCGGCGCCGCAUGGCGGUGGGGCGGUACUGCCGUUCUGCCGUACAGCAGCGUCGUGUACGGCGGCGGUGGCGUCGUGGGAGCCGGCGCGGCAGGAGCAGCAGGUGGCGGCUCAGGUCGUGGCGGCGGCGCAUCUUCAGGCACGGUGCCGCGCCGGGCCACUGGGCUAAUGGCCACCCUGGCAGCAGUCGUCAACCCGCACGCUCACGCGCAGCCGCCGUUGCAGCCGCCCUCCCGACCCACAUCGCCACCACCCACCGCUGCGGCGUCCAUGGUGGGGCCGCAGUUCACUGCGCUGUCCGCCGCGGCUUCAGCUGUAAUGCUGACGCCGAGCGCUCAGCAAUCCAGCGCCGCAGCAGUGAGCAGGGUGGUCGAGCUGUCGGGCCUGCGUUCCGUCGGGCUGGGAGCAGCCAGCCGUGGCGUGACAGCCACAGUCACAGGUGACGUCGAGCUGCAGGCUCCGGCGCCGCUUCAGCAGCAGCCGGCGCUGCUGCUGUCGUCAGCCAGCGGCGUUGCUUCUGGCCCUGGGGCUAUGGCCGCGGUCGGAGUGGCGCUGGCGGACCAGGCCUUGUGGCCGCAGGGAACACUCGCGCCGUCGGUACAGCUGCAAGGGGCGCCAUAUGCUGGCAGUGCACCCGACCCGCACGCGCAGCCGCAGGCGCAGCUGCAGCUGCUGCGCCCCAUGCCCACGCGCCCACUGCCGCCGCAUCGGCUAUCCGCUCCCGGCACAGCAGCACCAGCGCCUAGGCCAGGGCCGUCAGUCGCUGCCAUGCACACAGCAGGCCAGGGCCACAGCCCGGUCGGUGCGCUCGAGCAGCAGCAGGGCUCCCAGCCGCACCAGGAGCGGCGGUGGCCCCGUAGGACUGCCAGCCUGGGCACACCGAUGUCCAGCCUCACAGCCGCAGCGGUUCUGAGCACAGCCGCCACGAAUGAGAACACAGCAGACGAGCCACAGCCCACUGGCGGGCCGCAGGCUGUGUUCAUGCAGGCGCUGCACAAUGUGGCAGCGGCGUUCGCGCUGCCUAGCGGAGGGCAGGCCCGGCACCGCAUGCAGCCUGACCUGGAGGCAGCUGCCGGCGAUGGCGGUGAUGAUGAUGUCGGCGGUCGUAGGGUGGGCAGCGGUGUCUUGGAGCACGAGUACGCACAGGAGCUUGUGGAUGCCGGAGCAGGGGUUGGCCCAGGGCACACAUGGGAGCGCGGGCGGGGCGUGUCAGACCACGGCGGGCUCACGGCGCAGGGUCUGGAGGAGCCCGCAGCCGCAGCCGCCGUGGCUGAUAGGGACGUGCUGCCCACCACGCCCACAGCUGCAGCUGCGGCGGCGGCGGCGGCUGCAGCGAUGAUGACGCCGCGACACGUGGCGCUGGCGGCGCCGCUGGCGGAAGAGCUAAUGUUCGCUACGUUCGCGCCGCCCCUCCGGCCGCUGUCACCACCGCCGCCACCCCCGUCAGCGACACCUGACACGUCGGUCCUGCCUGCGCGUCCUGAGCGCCCCAUAUCGCCCCCUCUGCCGGCCCCAGCUACAGUGGCUCAUACCGGUGAAACCGUCCUACCAGAUGCACCGGAGGGAACUACACCCGAGGCUGGAGUGCAGCCGCUAUAGGGUGCCAGCGGACUACAAUGUUAUGCGGGGUAGCCGCAGUCCGAAAGAGGCUGCGGGAUGACAUGGGGUAUGUGUGGAAUGUGAAGCAAGAUUUGCCAAGACGAGGUGUCUGCGGAAUGUGAAGCCAGGAUGGUGUUGCAGGAUGGCAAAACAGGGUAGCGGGCAUCAAGCGCCAGGCGCAAACGUACAAUGUCGUGGAUUCUCGUCAGACGCUGGCCCCUCUUAGCAAAACUGCGAGGAUAGGAUUACCCACCUGAGUGCCACUGCAACAAUUGGCAUUGCUGAACAAGGUCACCUGACGCGCGUGGACAUGGCCAAACAACCGAGCGUUACCCUCCUUGACACGCAUUUGCUUGAGCGUGAGUCAGAUUGCAUUGGUUACAAGAGGGACCUCAGUCAUUGAGUCGCAACGCUCACAAGCCUUAAUUGGGUGAACACCUUGUGGGUCAACCGUGGCACAUACCUUUUGCGUGGCCUGUUAGGGGCAAUCGAGCAGCCAGGAGCAGCCGUAUGCUAAUAUGGGACCAUCUCCGGCCUAAAACGACACCAUCCUUCCCCUCAGGGGAUCUUUACGACUUUACGCCAGAACCAACAUAGCGCAUGUCAGCAGCCGUCAGCAUGUUACAUCGAUCGAUAUUGGGGUUUGAUGCUGAAUGCCAGGGACCUUUCACUUCAUGCAGAUGACAGCCAGCAACAGCCGUAAUACAUGGAGGAUGCGGAUUUGGGGUUAGCUUAUUUUGCCUGUCGUGGCUGUCAUCCGCUCAGGCAAGACGGCUUAUGAUUAGGAAUGUCUUUG